AUGAAAUCACUAACUUUUGUUAUCCUGCUAAACUAUUUGUUUUACUUUUGUGAUUGUGGAACACUUCCAGAUUCACAACUGGCUGAACAAACACUCAUAACAAGCUUGUUAAGCGGUUAUAACAAAAAUAUAAGACCAAAUGAUACAGUAUCUGUUGAUAUAACUGCUCAACUACAACAAAUUGUGGCGAUAGAUGAAAAACAACAAAUAAUGACAACAAGUUCAUUUAUUUCACAAACAUGGUUCGAUGAUCGAUUAUCAUGGACACCAAAUAAUUCAAAUAAUAAUAUUCAAGUAGUUCUACUUCCAGUUACAAGUUUAUGGAUACCAGAUACAAUGAUAUUAAAUUCUGCAGAUGCAAAUGGUUAUCUCACAGUCAGUACUUAUAGUAUGGUAUCUGUUAGUAAUACCGGUCAAGUUUAUAUGAUAUUACCAGCAUUAACAAUAAAAACAAGAUGUAAUUUUUAUGUUCGAUAUUUUCCAUUUGAUAAACAAGUAUGCAGUAUUAGUUUAACAUCAUGGAGUCAAGGAUCAAAUCGAAUAAUAUAUACAGAAGAUAGUAAUACAGUCAUUGAUAUUAGUGAUUAUACUGAACAUCCUUUAUGGAAAUUGAAUGGAACAGAUAUGGUUGUAAUUCGAGCAGAAGAUAGAACACCAUUUGAAGAUACUUAUAAUGAUGUAAUAACAAUACAAUUGUAUUUACAAAGAAAACCGUUAUUUUUUAUUCUGAAUGGAAUAUUUGCAUGUUGGGUUUUAAAUUCAGUUACGUUGGUAUCACAUGCAUUACCUUUUGCAGCACAAAUUGGUCUAUGCAUGACAUGUUUUAUGACAUAUUCUGUUUAUUCACUUAAUUUCUCCAAUUUAUUUCCACAACAAUCUCAAUAUUUAAUGAUGAUUACAUUUUAUUUUUUGUUAUCAAUAUGUUGGACAUUGAUAUCAAUGAUAUGGUUUGUUUUAUGCAAUCAUUUUAUAACAAAAGGUGAAAUGCCAAAAUUACUUUAUAGUUUUUCUGAACUGUUACAAAAAAGAAUAUUUCUUUUUUGCUUUCCAUUACCAAAACAAGAUAAACCAAAUCCUUCACGUUUUCGACAGAAUAUUAAAGUUGAAAAUAUUGAUAUGGAUCAGCAUUUUUCCAUUGAAAAUGCGACAUCUAUGGGAAAAAAUAACAUUGAUGAUACACGAAUUGAAACAAACAAUAAAGCGAAGUCAAAAUGCAACUUUUGCAACAGAUAACCUGCACAAACUAGCCCAUUAUACGAACAACCUCAGAAACCUCUAGGUAGUAGUCGUUAUUCUGGUAAUUUUAUUAAACUUACUGGUAUCAUUGGUCUUCUCUCUUUUAUUGCUGCUGUUGCUCUUACAAUUAUCGGUACUGCUGGUCUUCGUAAUUAUGGUUUUUCUAAUAAUCCUCUUAUUGCUGGUAUUGUUCUUUUUGGAGUUGAUCCUUCACAAUCUAUCGUAUUAUAUAAUGAAAUUCAGCCAACACCGAAGAAAAUUGAAAAAGUUCGCUCUUAUGACAAGAUGUAUUCUGGUUGUUUUGCUAUAAUUAGUGGCACUCUUGGCUUUCUUUGUCUUAUCCCUGCUAUUAUUCUUACUCUCACUGGUGCUGCAGAGCUCGGUGAUGAUAAUAAUAAUCGUCUUGUUGCUGGUAUUGUUCUAUUUGGUUUUGCUAUUACUCUUAUUAUUUUAGCUUUUCUUACAUGUUGUUUUAAAUAA